AUGAGUCAAUUGAAUAGGAGUGUUAAAUAGAUCGGUUAAUACUAGUACAAUGAGAGACACUGCUUGGGAGAAGGAGCUUAUGGCAAAGUGUUUUAAGGAUAAGAUAUCAAAACCAAUGAAAUUGUUGCUAUCAAGAAAAUGGAUUUAGCACUUUUUGAAAGAGAUACUUAUUUAAGGAAUUAAAUUGUCAGUGAAAUCGAGAUACUCAAGAAAUUCAAUCAUCCUAAUAUCGUUCGAUUUAUUGAUCUCAUUACGACCCAAAGAUCCUUAUAUAUAAUAACCGAGCUAUGCAAAGACGGGGAUUUAAAAGAGUUCAUCUAAAAAAAAAGAAUAUCUGAAUAAGAAACUCAAGGAAUUAUGUUAUAAAUAAUAAAUGGAUUCAAAGAACUAGUUAAGUAAGGAGUGAUUCACAGGGAUUUAAAACCUGCCAAUAUCCUUAACCAUGAGGGUAUUGUCAAAAUAGCAGAUUUUGGAUUUGCGAAAUACGUUGAUAAUUAUACAUCUUAAUUACUUAGAUCUUGUGUUGGAUCUCCUUUAUAUAUGGCUCCUUAAAUUCUAUAGAGGAAAACCUAUUCUACAAAAUGUGACAUCUGGUCUAUAGGAGUCAUCUUUUAUGAAAUGGUAUUUCAUGAUGUACCUUGGAAAGGAAGAGAUGAACAAGAUCUUUUAAAAAACAUUUUAAUGAAGCCUCUAGUCUUUAAGCAUAAUGGCAUUACAGAAUUUACUAGAGAAUUCCUAACCAAAGCCUUAAUAGUGGAAGAAUCUGAAAGGAUUUAAUGGGAUUAAGUAUUUCAAAUGUUUGAAAGUAUGGAAAAAGGCUUGGUUUCUAAUAAUCCAACCUUACAGAAAUUGUACAAUGAUUAAAAUCUUAGUUGGAUGUAAAAAUAAUCUUAAAAGAUGACAGGAGAUUAAUUGUGUAAAUAAUUGGUCUUUUUAUAAUAAAUGAAAUCGGAUAUUGCCUUUCGUCAUUUUGUGAAUUUAGAAUUAUAUCAAAAAUUAGAUCAAUUAAAAAGAAUUUUUAGGUCAGAUUAAUCCAUUGAGGAAUGCGUUUUCUAAUUAUCAAGACUUGUGGUGGCUUAUAGCUACCUCUUGGUUUAAUUGAUUGAAGAAACAUGUGAUUCUGGCGAGGAUAUGUUGAUUAAAGGGACAAAAUGGAAUAUAUUGAAUUAUACAAAAAAUGAAUAAGAAUAUUAUAAGAUCUUUUUUGCAAAUUGCAAGGAGAGUCUUAUGAAAGAUUCAACUCAAUUUGAUACAGAGAUCAAUGAUGUUGAAAGAAAUAAAUUAGAGGAAAACUUAACUAAUAAAAUUAUCAAAAUUAUUGGUGAUAGUUUUGAUGAUUUAAAAAAGAAGGCUGCUGAGGAUAAUCAUUAUGCUUCACUAAUAGCAAUUGAAUUGUUAUUAGAUUAAUAAAUUAUUCAUAAAAAUAUUGUUAAAAUUACAGAAAUCGAAUUUUAGUAAAUAUUGGCUGAAAAAUAAUAAAAGGACGAUUGGAAAAAGAUUUUGGAUAGGAUAAGCUAGCAAAUGGAGAUAAUUUCAUUAUAGAUUUAUAUUUAUUGUUUAUUUAAAUUAAAAACUCAUAGUAACAUGGUUUCAAGAUUACUUGUUGAACUUGAUUCUACAACUGAAUGGAUUCUCAUUUUUGGAGUAAUCUUUGGAAUUUUAAUAAUAAUGAUUAUAGUAUAUAGAUUAUGUAGGAGAAGUCAGAAAUAGUAACCUAAAUAUUAAAAUAAUUCCAAAAAUUUCAAAGACAUUCCUAAAUCUGAGUAAAUUUAGGAUGAUGAAAAAUUGUAAAACAGAAUGGAUACAUCUAUGACAAAGAAGGAAUUUUUUGUAAUUGAAGAGGAGCCUGAAAAAAAAAAUGAUAAUAAUGACAAUUAUAACCCUGGUGAUGUUAAUGAAAGCAUCAAUUUAAGCAACGUAUUUAAUCUAGAAGGAGAGGGCAAAUAAUAUCAAAACACCAAGUAUACAUAAAUUAGGCAAAAUUGA